CUGCGCUGUUUGCCAUAUCCUGCUUCAAGAUGCUGUGGGAGGGCUACCACAUGCAGCCAGUUGGUUCUGAAUGUACUAAUGAUGAAUAUUUGUAUUUACUCCAGUGCUGUUUGGAUGGCUGGCGACUGUUAUCCCCUGGAGCAUAGUGAUCUAUGCGUCCACUGCGCUGUUUGCCAUAUCCUGCUUCAAGAUGCUGUGGGAGGGCUACCACAUGCAGCCAGUUGGUUCUGAAUGUACUAAUGAUGAAUAUUUGUAUUUACUCCAGUGCUCUUUGGAUGGCUGGCGACUGUUAUCCCCCGGAACAUAGUGUUCUAUGUGUCCACUGCGCUAUUUGCCAUAUUCGGCUUCAAGAUGCUGUGGGAGGGCUACCACAUGCAGCCAGGAGGUGCCCAGGAAGAGAUUGAGGAGGUGCAGGCUGAUCUGCGGAAACGAGACGGAGAGGCAGCUGCCAACGAAGCAGGGACCAGCUGUCAACCGGUGGUAUCUGAGCCGCAGGUCGCUGACGAGGGGGAGGGGGAGGUGAAGCCUAGCGACGGGGUCACCCAAGACCCUCCCAAGAUCGACAAAGAGGUGCAUCUGAUGUCGGCCGAUCCCGAGAGUGGGCGACAUAAACGCCAGAACAUCCUUAAGCUUGUGUCGCGUAUUUUCCUGCAGGCUUUCACCCUCACGUUCCUAGCCGAAUGGGGAGACCGGUCACAGCUCACCACCAUACUGCUGGCCGCCCGUGAGGACAUUUAUGGAGUGAUGGGGGGGAUCCGUAUCGUCACUGACGCGUCGGCAGCGCAAGCGCACAUCAGCCCCAGCACACUAACAAGAAGGCACUCCUUGGUUAGGGCUGGGGCACUCCCAGCGGGUGACGAAGCGGAACAGUCGGAAAGGACAAGGGAGCGGUACGCCCUCUUUUACAGUCUGGACAAGGGAGGCGAAUUUCCCAAAGAGGGCCUGAUCGAUUGUUUCGGCGGUUAG